AUGUGGCCUGAUCUUAUUCAAAAAGCUAAAGAUGGAGGACUUGACGCAAUUGAGACUUACAUUUUUUGGGAUCGCCAUGAACCACGACGACGAAAAUAUGAUUUCUCUGGACAUCUAAAUUUUAUCAAAUUCUUCCAACUCGUUCAAGAUGCUGGGUUAUAUGUUGUCAUGAGGAUUGGUCCUUACGUGUGUGCCGAGUGGAACUAUGGAGGUUUUCCUUUGUGGUUGCACAAUAUGCCGGAAAUCCAACUUCGAACUGAUAAUCAAGUCUACAAGAAUGAAAUGCAAACUUUCACAACAAAGAUAGUGAAUAUGUGUAAACAAGCCAACCUGUUUGCAUCACAAGGAGGGCCAAUAAUCUUAGCCCAAAUUGAGAACGAGUAUGGAAAUGUGAUGACACCAUAUGGAAAUGCAGGAAAAACAUAUAUUAAUUGGUGCGCUCAAAUGGCUGAAUCUCUCAAUAUUGGUGUUCCAUGGAUCAUGUGCCAACAGAGUGAUGCCCCACAACCUAUCAUUAAUACAUGCAAUGGAUUCUAUUGUGAUAAAUUUAGUCCUAACAAUCCUAAGAGCCCAAAAAUGUUUACCGAAAAUUGGGUCGGAUGGUUUAAGAAAUGGGGCGAAAAAGACCCUUACAGAAGUGCGGAAGACGUAGCUUUUUCUGUGGCAAGAUUUUUCCAAUCUGGUGGUGUGUUUAACAAUUAUUACAUGUAUCAUGGAGGCACCAACUUUGGAAGAACAUCAGGAGGUCCAUUCAUUACUACAUCUUAUGAUUACAACGCCCCACUUGAUGAAUAUGGAAACUUGAAUCAACCUAAAUGGGGGCAUCUCAAACAACUUCAUGCAUCCAUCAAAUUGGGAGAGAAGAUUCUCACUAAUGGCACUCACUCAGACAAAAAAUUUGGUAGCUUUGUAACUUUGACGAAAUUCUCUAACCCAACAACAGGGGAGAGGUUUUGCUUUUUGAGCAACACAAAUGACACCAAUGAUGCUACUGUAGAUUUGAAGGCAGAUGGAAAGUAUUUUGUACCAGCUUGGUCUGUGAGCAUUCUUAACGGUUGCAAGAAAGAGGUUUUCAACACUGCAAAUAUCAAUUCUCAAACAUCUAUGUUUGUGAAGGUGCAAAAUGAGAAGGAAAAUGCCCAACUCUCGUGGGUUUGGGCUCCGGAGGCCAUGACAGACACUCUACAAGGAAAGGGUACAUUUAAGGCAAACCUUCUUUUGGAACAAAAAGGAACCACUGCUGAUUUUAGCGACUACUUGUGGUACAUGACAGAUGUUAAGACCAAUGGAACAUCUGCACUACAAAAUGUAACACUCCAAGUGAAUACAAAAGAAGGAUUGAAAAAUUACGAUGCAUUUUAUGACACGGUACCAACUGGAAUUGAUAGAGGUCCCAUUUAUCUAAUUGAAGAUGGAAAUGUCACAACUAAUUUGUCAUCAAAUUUGUGGUCUUAUAAGGUUGGAUUAAAUGGUGAAAAGGAACAACUUUACAAUCCAAUGUUCUCAAAGGGAACAAAUUGGAGCAAGUUAAAUAAAACAUCCGUUGAGAGGAGAAUGACAUGGUACAAAACAAGCUUUAAGACACCUUCAGGUAUUGACCCUAUAGCAUUGGACAUGCAAGGAAUGGGAAAAGGUGAGGCUUGGAUAAAUGGACAAAGCAUAGGACGAUUUUGGCCUUCUUUCAUUGCUGGCAAUGAUAAUUGUAGUGAAGCUUGUGACUACAGAGGAGCAUAUGACCCCAGCAAAUGCGUUGAAAAUUGUGGAAAUCCUUCCCAAAGAUGGUAUCACAUUCCAAGGUCGUUUUUAUCAGAUGACACAAACACAUUGGUUUUGUUUGAAGAAAUUGGUGGAAGUCCUCAACAAGUCUCGGUUCAAACCAUCACUAUAGGAACUAUAUGUGGAAAUGCUAAUGAAGGAAGCAUACUAGAGUUGUCUUGUCAAGGAGGGCAUAUCAUCUCUGAAAUCCAAUUUGCUAGUUAUGGAAAUCCAAAAGGAAAAUGUGGUUCGUUUAAACAAGGGUCAUGGGAUGUGACAAACACUGCUCUUUUCGUGGAAAAAACUUGCAUAGGCAUGAAAAAUUGUUCAAUUGAUGUAUCUGCAAAGUCAUUCGGAUUGCGCAAGGCUGCCAAUUUGUCUGCUAGAUUGGCUGUUCAAGCGCUAUGCUCAAAGAAUUGA